CUCUACAAGGUUUGGAGCAUCUGCGGAUUAACAGUGAGUUUAGCGAAGAACGUACGGUAAAUGUGAAUAGACUCACCCUCAACAGUCGAAUUUGACAAACAGAGAUUAUCCUCCAACUGAAUCUGAAACUCGAGAAAAGUGAUGAGCGGAAGUGGAACGCAGCAAGCGGCGCACUCUCUGGCUUUCAGGGUAAUGAGGCUGUGCCGGCCGACGUUGCACGUUGAUACCUCCCCUCUCAAAUUCGAUCCUUGCGAUCUGCUCUUUGGCGAGGACCUUUUCGACGAUCCUGUCGCCUCCUCCCACCUUCCUCGUUUGCUGGAUAGCAUUAAUGUUGGCCAAUCAAACAACAAUUCGACUGAUCCCUCCGAUUUCAGCUACCGCACUAGAUUCCUCCUCCAACACCCUUCCGACUCCCUCGGCCUUCCCGGACUUCUCGUCCUCCCGCAGUCCUUUGGGGCAAUAUAUUUGGGUGAGACUUUUUGCAGUUAUAUAAGCAUCAACAAUAGCUCUAAUUUUGAAGUUCGAGAUGUUACAAUCAAGGCGGAAAUACAAACAGAAAGGCAGAGAAUACUGCUUUUGGAUACGUCAAAAUCACCUGUUGAAUCAAUACGAGCUGGAGGACGAUAUGAUUUCAUUGUGGAACAUGAUGUGAAAGAACUUGGUGCACACACAUUGGUGUGCACAGCACUUUACAAUGAUGGUGAUAGUGAGCGAAAAUAUCUCCCACAGUUUUUCAAAUUCAUGGUUUCUAAUCCCCUCUCAGUCAGAACAAAGGUUCGUGUUGUGAAGGAGACAACUUUUCUGGAGGCUUGUAUAGAAAAUCAUACAAAAUCUAAUCUGUACAUGGACCAAGUUGAGUUUGAGCCAGCUCAGCAUUGGAGUGCUACAAUGUUAAAAGCUGAAGCUCAUUCUGUGGAGCACAAUUUAUUGACUAGAGAAGUUUCCAAGCCCCCUGUUCUCAUCAGGUCUGGAGGAGGAAUUCACAAUUAUCUCUAUCAGUUAAGAUCAUCUUCUCAGGUAACUGCUCAAGUGAAAGUUGAGGGAAGUAAUGUUCUAGGUAAACUUCAAAUAACUUGGCGUACAAACUUGGGUGAACCCGGUCGCCUGCAGACACAACAUAUUCUUGGUAAUCCCAUCACACGCAAGGUGAUUGAGUUGCAGGCUGUGGAGGUGCCAUCUGUCAUAAUCCUGGAAAAACCUUUCUUGGUACAUUUGAAUCUCAUAAACCAGACAGAGAGGGUACUGGGUCCCUUCGAAGUUUGGUUGUCACAAAGUGAUUCACUCGAUGAGAAGGCCAUAAUGGUCAAUGGUCUUCAGACAACGACUUUGGGAGAGGUGCAAGCGCUCGGCUCUUUGAAGUUCCAGCUUAACUUGAUUGCUAUAAAGAAUGGGAUUCAGAAAAUCAGUGGCUUUACAGUUUUUGACACUGUAGAGAAAAAAACUUACGAUUCUCUGUUGGAACUGGAGAUCUACGUUGAUUCUGAGUGAUUGGUUGACUGCAUUGCGCUGUUGAGGCUGGUCUCCAUAUCUUAUUUCCUUUUGUAGGGAUGCGUUUAUUUCAGGGGUUGAGCAUGAGAAACUCAUCUUAGUCAAUUUUUUUUUGAUCAUUUCAAACUGAAACAGUGCGACCGGGGCAGUAGCCCUCUGCCUGCAUCAUCCUUUCUGUUAAACCAUCACAAAUCAUUUCAAGCUAGAGCAGAUGAACUUACAGUCAUUAAACCUAUUUGCUUGUAGGUGUAAUUUUAUAACUUAGUACAUUAAAGGAGAACAUUUUCCAUCUUCUGUUGAUUUUGUUGUCCUUUUUCUCGUUUGGGAAAUGAAAAUGAUGAGAGUUUAAUUUUUGAA